AUGAAUGCCACGGCAGUAUUAGCCAGUUUGGCGAGCAGGCAAGGAGCUCUGUACACUAUUAUGAUGUUGCAACUUACUGGCUACUUGUAUCCAACUCCGGCAUUACUGAAAUCUGGUGAUAGUUUUGACUACAUCAUAGUCGGAGGUGGUACAGCAGGCAGUGUGAUAGCGACCAGGCUUGCCCAGAAGAAGUACAACGUGCUCCUCAUUGAAGCUGGACAAGAUGCUCCUUUCGAAAGUGAGUAUCCAUCACUGAUACCAUACCUCAAAAAUUCACAUUCAGAUUGGAAUUAUACUUCUGUGAAUGACACAUACAGCUACCAGUGUCACAAAGAUAAAAACGUAGACCUAACCCAAGGUAAAAUGCUUGGUGGAACAGGUGCAUUAAACUUCAUGAUCUGGUCCCGAGGAAACCCUAAGAAUUUUGAAAAAUGGCAUUCGAUCACAAAAGAUCCCACGUGGAAAUGGGAAAAUGUGUUACCAUAUUUCAUCAAAUCUGAAGCUAUUCACGAUUCAGCGAUAAUGAACUCUCCUCUAAAACAUUCUUAUGGUGCCAAUGGAUACAUAGGCAUCACAAGGGAAAAUAAAUCCUAUACUGCUGAUUAUAUAAAAGGCUUUGAACAAUUGGGUAAACCAAUUAUUGCUGACAUAGAUGGAAACAGAAACGGGUACGCACGCGCUCUUAUAACAGUGUACAAUGAUCGCAACGCAGUGGGCAUUGAACUUAUCACUGAUGAUGGAAGAAAUAUUACUGUUAAUGCAAGACAGGAGAUCAUUAUAGCUGCUGGUACUAUGAAAUCACCACAGCUGUUAAUGCUCUCAGGCAUAGGUCCUUGCAAAGACUUGGAGAAAUUAAAUAUUUCUUGCAUCGCCGACUUGCCCGUUGGGAAAAAUUUGCGAGACCACAUAGCAGCGUUCAUUCCACAUACAACCAAUAAGAGAUUAACAAGAGGUGGUGUAGACCCCAAUGAAUAUCCCACCGGACUAUUUAUUGGAUACGCGUCACUGAACGUGUCUCACAUUAAACAUUAUAUAAAAUUCCCGGACUAUGAAGCAACCGGCUUCAUCAUGAACAAUAUGAAAGUUUUAAUACAAUUCUGUGCAUUUACUAUUAACUUUCCAAAUUCUCUCUGUAAUAAACUAUAUGAGAAAGCCAAUGGAAGGCAGGUCUUAGUUACUUUAUUGAGCAAUUUGUAUGGGUACUCCCGGGGACAAGUUCGUCUCAACAGUACUGUUCCUCAAGACCCACCAGUGGUGAUUACUGACAGCUAUUCAAAUGAUAAUGAUUUAGACAAUUUGGUUGACUAUAUUGUUGAUUAUUUAAAAGUUGAAGAGACAGAGGCAUUUAAAAAAUUAUCAGCGUCUAGGGUAGAUUUAACAUCACCACAUUGUGAUGCAUUUGAGACGGGAAGUCGAGGGUAUUGGAGAUGUUACUCUCUUUGCAUGAUGUCGAGCUUGGGUCAUUAUGGUGGGACCUGUGCUAUGGGAUCUGUCGUAGACAGCAGGCUACGUGUUCGCCACGUAAAAAAAUUAAGAGUAGCAGAUGCAAGCGUUAUGCCCACUCUAGUAGCAGGUAAUAUUUGUGCAACAGUUGUCAUGAUUGGAGAAAAGGUAUCUGACUUCAUAAUAGAAGAUGCAGGAUCUUAUAAUGAUGUUGAACAUGAACAAAUUAGUGAAGAUCAACUUGAAAAUUUAUCGGCCACGUUUGCGUGA